AUGAGGAAGUUGUGUCCGAACAUAGACAAAGACGAUGGGUUGGAGACGGUCUUGGAAGUUCCGAUACCGGAAGAGAUGUUUUCCGGUAUGGGUAACAACAUCGCUAUGAGAUGGCAGAACAUGAUGACAUGGAUGAAAGCUCAAACCUCUGAUAAAUGGUCACAACCAUUAAUCGCUGCUCGUAUCAACGAGCUUCGUUUUCUUCUUUAUCUCGUUGGCUCUCCUCUUAUACCUCUCCAAGUUCAAGUUGGUCACUCUGUUCAUAAACCCGUCAAAGAUUGUUCCAUUCAAGCUUCGACGGCGAAAUACAUAGUGCAACAAUACAUAGCGGCGACGGGAGGACCGGCAGCGUUAAACGCUGUGAAUAGCAUGUGUGUAACCGGACAAGUGAAGAUGACGGCAUCAGAGUUUCAUCAAGGAGAUGAUUCCGGUGCUAAUCUUAAGAGCAAUGACGAGAUGGGUGGUUUCGUUUUGUGGCAAAAAGAUCCAGAUCUUUGGUGUUUGGAGCUUGUUGUCUCUGGUUGUAAAGUUAUAUGUGGAAGCAAUGGUCGGCUUUCAUGGCGACAUUCUUCUAAUCAACAAACUCCGGCGUCUACUGGACCACCGAGACCUCUACGGCGUUUUUUACAGGGUUUAGAUCCACGAUCGACGGCGAAUUUGUUCCUCGAUGCGACGUGUAUCGGAGAGAAGGUAAUCAACAAUGAAGAUUGCUUUAUCUUGAAACUAGAGACGAGUCCGGCAAUUCGAGAAGCGCAGAGCGGUCCUAAUUUUGAGAUUAUUCAUCAUACGAUUUGGGGCUAUUUUAGCCAGAGAUCGGGAUUAUUGAUUCAAUUUGAAGAUUCGAGGCUUUUGAGAAUGAGAACGAAGGAAGACGAUGACGUUUUCUGGGAAACUAGUGCUGAAUCGGUGAUGGAUGAUUACCGAUACGUCGAUAAUGUGAACAUUGCUCACGGUGGAAAAACGUCGGUUAUAGUUUUUCGAUACGGUGAAGCGUCAGCGAAUCAUAGGAGACAAAUGACGGAGAAGUGGCGGAUCGAAGAGGUUGAUUUUAAUGUAUGGGGUCUCUCAGUGGAUCAUUUUCUUCCUCCCGCCAAUUUGCAGAUCGAAAAAUGA